AUGUGCGUGUUUGAUGAGGGCAAAAUUCAAAACCUGCGUGUUAAGUUCCUUAAUAUUUCACUUUAAAAUGUAUACAGACGAUUUGUUUUAUACAUACUCCAGGCCAGACCGACCGUUUGAUUUGAUGGAAUGCAGAUCGACGCCAAAGGCCAAAGUCGCCAAACGCCGAAAGUCUUGGUUUUUUGCCUUUUUGGUUGCGCGCAGUUGCUCCGGAGUAAAAUAGUGUUGUGCACUCAGCAGUGGUUGCCACAGAAAGAGUGAAGUUCAGUACUUGCUUUAUACUCAUUUAAAUUCAAAUAUAGUAUGCCUUAAUUACUUUGUUAUGAAAUUAAAUAGGAAUUUAAGUGUAACAAAAUUAUUUUUGCCAUUAUACUUGCUCGUACGAAAUUAUUAUUUUCAUGAAAGCUGUUCUCCUUACCGCACCCUCCAAGCACCCUCCUUGUUCCCGCCCCCUUCCAGCCCUUCCUCCUCCAGUUACGCCCAUACCUUUCCGUGUCAAGUCGACGUAAUGCAAAAACGUAAAUAUCGAAGUUGUAUUAUUGAACGUCACCGGCAAGAGUUUGCAAAAAAACACGAUUGAAUACUUUCCAAAUCUUCCAAAUGGUUAAAUGCGCUGCAUUUCCAAAUCACAGCGAUGCUGAAAGCUGUUGAAUAAAAACUAAGAAAUCCGGACGACGCCGAAAAAAAUGGAAUUCACUGAGUGGCUGCGUCGGCUAAAACGAAGCCUCGAUAAUUAUUUCACGUACCGAAGGCUGUUUGUUUUGGUUCUUGUGGUUUGCGGCUUAGUACUUUACUCGCUGCCAGAAUUUUUGCGACGAUUUGCUUACUCUGAAGAAGAAGGUACUGCACAGACUUGUCUAAAAGACCGUCUGACGGCGUUCACUCUGGACAUAGCAGAGUACAAUGCUCACCUGCAACAUGACCCUCAACACGAGGGUGAAAAAACUUAUGUUCCUUACCUCGGCAACGGACACUUCGGACUAGAAGCAUCUCCGGAUGGAAACGUUUACUUGAAGAACGGAAGGACUUUGUCGCUUCCGAUCAAGUGCCUACCGGUAGUUGACACGCAAUUGUCGUCAAGUCAGUGGGAGGAGGCCACUGUUAUUCAAUAUGUCACCGGUAUGGUGCACAAACUGCAGUGUGCCAGCAGUGGCGUCCACACAACCCACCAGAUGUAUGCCCACCGCAGCCUGCCGUCCAUAUUUGUCCAGUCAAUUCAAAUUACAAAUCCUAGUGACUUCCCAGCCACUAUCACCUUCCGCCAGAGGGGUGUCAGAAAUUGGGCAUCUGCGGAUUCCCACAAAAUCAACUUGCCAUUGGCCUCCAAAAAGAGUCAGUCAUUUACCGUGGCCUCAGCAAUGGUGGAUGUUCCAAAGUCAAAUCUCGACCAUGUCAUUGCCGUUACAACAGUUUUGCAAGCAGUCCCAGAAUUGGUUGAGGUCAAUGCCCACUCGUCCGCCACUUUUGAGUUUCUCACCAGCAUCAACUAUUCGGAACCUGUGAGCCGCUCGGAAUUUGUAGCCAAGAAGCGCGAAACUGAGCAACGGGCGGUCGAUGCCAUGAAACAAGCCCAAAGUCAGCGCUCUCACCUGCUCGAAAGCCAUAUUUCAACUUGGCGCCAACUUUGGAGCAUGGGUUUCAGCAUCAGCCAGUCUUUGGCUGCCGAGUCCAUCAACGGAGAUCAGAUCAAUGCCACCAUGUAUUAUGUCAUGUCUCAAACUCCAUACAUUCCAACCCUGCAGCGGUCUGAGCUCCAAAGAGUUCUUUUGUACUCGGAAGGUUGCUACGGUGGUCUCCAUACUUUACAAGCUCAAAAUUUGUGGACGCCUUUGUCAACUUUGAAUGAUGUCAACAGCGCAGUCUCACUUUGGCUUCUAACCCUUGAGAAACAGGGUUGCCACAAUUUGCUAAAAGCUGGAGCCAGUGGGGUUGCAGAGGCAAUGGUUCUCAGUUUUGGAGGUUUGAGGUUUAGUAAUCAGCACUUGGAAUUCAAUAUCCACCCAAAAUAUCUUCACCGAGACUUUCAUUUCCGACGAGUAAGCUAUGGAAAUUUGACUCACGUCAACAUCAGUGUAGUUGUUCAAGAAGACAAUAAAGCAGUGCUCCUUGUUUCCCUCGAUCGUAGUGACAAAAAUUACUAUGCCUGUGACGCUGGCUGCCUAGAUACACCCGUGCAACUAGGACCUGAGUUCAAGACCUUCCCUGUAAAACUGACUGAGCCCCUGACUUCGAUCCUUUACAUAACUUACGACAAACAGCACAUGGAAGAGCUGAGACACACAAUCCAUGUUCAAGAAAUAAAUGAAGCUCCAGCACACGAGCACCACAUCAUCGCCUUGCACAAGCACGGCCACCACCUGGGCGGCCUACCGACGCUUUUCUGGGUGUCCAUCUCCUUCCUUAUUGUAGUGUUCCACAUGUUUUUGAUCAAGUUGAUUUACAAUGAGUAUUGUGGAUCUCAAGAUCGGUACCGUGUUAGGUAUAACAAGCCUUGAGUGGUUUUCUUCUGACUGGUCGAAAUUUGCAGAUACAAAGAGCGGCUCUAUUAAUUAUCGUCUGCGAGUCUUUGCAAAUGUGAAUGGUAAUAAUAAAUUAAGACUUACUGUACAUAUAUAAGCAAUAAAAAAUAAUU